AUCGAUGUAUCGGAAAAAUCUGAAAACAUCGAUACUAUCGAAAUCACCAUCGAUGUUUUUGCAGCUCUAAUAUUUGGUAUUCAUAGCAAAUACAUUGCUUCAGAUAAGUGCAAAAUGGGUUGUUUUGGAUAAGUAAAACAUGAUUCGUUAUAAAUACGACUUUAACUUCUACCCAUUGAGCUGCGAGCUCUUUAACCCGGAAAGAAAUGGCUUUACUACAAAAAAAAAUGCGGCAUUUUCAUAUAUGUCUCCUCGGCCUAGUGGCACUCACAACAAUUUUUUACAUAUUGCAUUCUCGUUCACUAUUGAAGAUGGAUAAUAGACAUAACAUGGAGUAUCGUAAAACCCCGAUACAUAUGGUUGUGGUCGCCUGUGGUCAACGAGUCCAGGAGACUUUAGUUAUGAUUAAAUCUGCUAUUCUCUUCAAUUAUUAUCAAGAAUAUUUGAAGUUUUCAGUAUUUACCGAGGAGCACUUAAUGGACGAAUUCAGCGAAAAAUUAUCGGACUGGCGUGACCUUUUUCCGCAAAUGUUUGAGUUCGAACUCUUACGUCUAAGAUUUCCCAAUCAAAGUGAGGCGGAAUGGAGAAAUCUUUUCAAACCAUGUGCAGCACAACGAUUAUUUUUACCGUCGUUGCUGACAAAUGUGGAUUCAUUGCUUUAUGUUGAUACGGACAUUUUAUUUUUAUCUCCAAUUACUGAUGUGUGGCAGUUCUUAAACAAAUUUAAUGAGAGUCAAAUUGCUGCACUUGCGCCGGAGCAUGAAAGCGAAAACAUUGGAUGGUAUAAUCGCUUUGCACGCCAUCCGUUUUAUGGUCCACUUGGAGUUAAUUCUGGAGUAAUGCUUAUGAAUCUUACUCGAAUGAGACAAUUUAAUUGGGAGCAACAUAUAUUGCCUAUAUAUAAAGAGUACAAGCUACGUAUUACCUGGGGUGACCAGGAUAUUAUAAAUAUACUUUUCUAUUACCAUCCUGACAAGUUAUAUUUAAUGCCAUGCGAAUAUAAUUAUCGUCCUGAUCACUGCAUGUACAUGAGUAUUUGCAAUAUAUCUCAUUCUGGGGUAAAAUUAAUUCAUGGUAACAGAGGAUAUUUCCAUUCUAAUAAGCAACCUCUUUUUAGGGAAUUAUAUAAAGCUAUAGAAACUUAUCAAUUCGGCUCAAGUAUUUACGAAAAUUUUUUAUUGCCCUUACGCUUGGCAUUAAGUGAUAAAUUAGUAAAUGAUUCUAGUUGCGGUAAGAUAUCUAAAGAUGUUAUUAUUAUAGCAAACCGUAUUUUUGGUAAUAAAUUUUAAAG